AUGUCCAAAGAUGAUCAAAUUAAUAUUCAAUUUUUAUUAGAAAAAUUCAGAAACAAAUUUACUAAUCAAAUGCUCGGGUCUUUACGAUACCAGAAAAAGAAACAAUUUCUGAUUAGAACUCCCUAUCCGAGCAUCCCUUUGGUUUUUUAUCGUGAUCGUGAUUUAUUUUGUCAAAUUCUUGAUAAAAAUCGACAAAUCCAAGAUUAUCUUUCGUGGUUCAUUGUUUGGAUGAAAGAUUAUGAGAUUAUGAAGAAGAUUGCCUUGUAUAGCACUUUUGCACUUGCAGAAUUGUUUUCUGAAUUGAAAAAGCAUCGAAAGGAGGUGUGGUACAAGGAUUUGAGUGAAGAUUUUGAGUUUUGGAAGGAAUUUGUUCGACAAGAUUCGUAUAAUUUUGAUAGCAUUACAUUGGCUUCACCAAAAAUUCUGGAAAAUGUUGGGAAGGUCAAAGCAUUGAUUAGUAUUCGGCCUGAGUGUUUUUUACAUAUCAGUAACAAGAUGAAAAAGAAUACUGAGCUAAUUAUUGCUGCAUGUGAACAAUCGGGAAAUUUCUUCAGAUAUUUACCUUCCUACUUGCUAAAGAAGAAAAUGGUAUUGAAUGCAUUAGAGAAGAACACAGAUAUUGAUUUGAAACUCAUUCCAGAGAAAAUGUGGGAUGCAGAGAUUGCACACACUGCUGCCAAAUUUAAACCGUACCACUUGCAGGACAUUCCUAAAACUUUCGUCACUAGAGAAAUUGUCGAGAUGGCCAUUGGACAAGAAGGAUUUGGAUACGUCUUCCAUCAAGUGAAAAAUCCAGCUUUAAGGAAAGAUGAAGAGUUGUCAAUAAUUUGUUUGAGAAAUGGAGGAAAUUUGGAUAAUUUGGAAAGAUCAGCAAUUACUAAGAACAUUGCCAUGGUCGCUGUUGAAAAAGAUGAAUAUAAUUAUGUGAGACUUUCAGAUGAUUUUAAAAAUGAUUUGGACAUUUGUUUGUCUGUAUUGAAAAAGAGUGGAUGUGCUCUAUACGAAAUGUCGGAAGAAAUGAAAGCAAAUAGACAAAUUGCCUUACAAGCUGUCAAGACCAGAGCAAGUGCUCUCUACUACCUACCAACUCACUUCCUCACCGAUAGAGAAAUUGUCCUCCUUGCAUUUAGUCAUGGUGAACCUCUUUCAUAUGAUUUCGAUUACUAUCCACCCUAUUACUUCUCUCAAACUCAACUUGCUGAAAGAAGCAAUCAUGUUCAUCAAAGAAAAAACUAUCCACCUCUCAUCGAACUCAUUCCAAAAGAAUUCUUCAUCAAUGAUCGAGAAUUGAUUCUACAAAUGACCAAACAAUUUCCACACAUUCUUCCCACUGUUCCAAAAGAUAUUAUCAAUGAUAGAGAAUUUUGGCAGGAUUGUUUGGCAAUCAAUGGAGAUUGCAUUGAAUUUGCCCCACCAGAAUUUAAGAAUGAUUUUGAAUUGUGUUGCAUUGCCUUAAAAAAUUAUAGAAAUUCAAUUGUUCAUUUUCCUGUUGAAGUUCAAUCAGAUCCACGAAUUUUCAAGUUAUUAAUGGAAACUGUUCCACAUGAUAAGAGAUUUAGAAAUAAGGUUGCUCGAGAACUCAAAGAUUUGGUGAUUGAGUUCCAAUUUGAAAAUCGAUCCAAUGGUACAGCUUCUCAGAACAUUGGAAAGAGCAUUGCAACUAUUCCCAAUUCAGAUUUAUACAAUAAUUCCAAGCUGAAGAAAAUGAGGGCACAAGACUUGGAGGAUAACUAUUUAGGAUGUUAUGUUCCAAUAAAAGAUUGA